UCCGUGCAUUUUGUUGAUAACCACUUUCGGCCGUGCACCGUCUGGUUCGACUUAGUUCUCGAUCAGACCAUCGACUGCCCACGCUUUACGUAAUCAAUGAAGCGGUGAAUUUGUUUUGAAAUUCGAAGUGAACAUUCUGCGGCGGACAUUACUCUCUAGUUGCGCCUCGAAGUGUGGACACACGCGAUGAAGGACGAUAUCAUCUACCUGGUGCUGUUGGCAGCAUGUAUCGGAUUUGGACAGUUUUAUCGGAAAUUUUCCGAUCCAGAGCAGAAGAAGCUGGUCGGAACCGCCGUUGGACUGUUGGUGGUGCUGUCGGUGAGCGGGUUCCACAUGCUGCACAUGCUUUUCUGUUAUCUCGUCAGUGCACUGCUGAUAAUCUAUGCUAGCCCGAGGAUUUGUCAUCUGGCCUGUUUCGGGUUCAUGUUCGGUUAUUUAUUUUUCUUCCGUUCAUUAGCCUUUCUGGGCUACGAUACGCCACCGGGACACACAAAUAUGAUACAGAUGAUUCUUACCCUGAAACUCGUUGGGUUGGCGUUCGAAGUAAAUAAUGCAGCCACAAAGUCGAAGGACGUAGAGGAAAAAAGAAAAAAGGCGGCCAAUGGGGACCAACCUCCCGUUCCGACUUUGCAUGAAGUCGAUCGUGCCCUCCUGAAGUUGGACAUGCUGGAUAUCUUCCACUACAGCUUUAACUAUGUCGGAGUGCUAACGGGGCCAUACAUAACAUUCAAAACGUACCGUGAUGCUAUUUACCUACCGUUCAGUGGUAAAGCGGACUGCAUUGGGGCGACGGUGGAAAAGCUGAAGGUUAUCCCCCUCUACGCGGGACUGUUUCUUCUAGUGUCGUACAUUUGGCCGCUUCAGUAUGCCAUGGAAAACGAGUUCUACGAGGAACGCUCGUUCAUCUACCGACUGAUGUACGUUUGGCCGACAUUCUUCAUUUUCCGAAUGCGUAUUUACACGGGUAUCCUGCUCAGUGAGUGCGUUUGUACAAUGGCAGGGGUUGGCGCGUAUCCCACCGUUUUCGUCAACAAACCGGGCCAUGGUCCAAGCAAGGAAGAUUACACCGCCCUAGUGGACAGCGAAUCGUCGCUGGAAUAUGACUUUGAGGCUGUUCGCAAUAUCGAUGUGAUAAAUACUGAACGCUGCUGGACAUUCCGUGAGGCUAUGAAGUAUUGGAACAUGUGUGUACAGUACUGGAUGGCGAUGUACGUGUACAAACGGUUCCCUAGCAAGAAGUAUCGCACACUGGUCACUCUGGCCGUUAGCGCCAUAUGGCACGGCGUGUACGCUGGUUACUAUUUUUGCAUCUGCGGAGCACCAUUUUAUCUUCCCAUCGAAGAUCUUUACGUAAAAUUGUUCAUCAAGGAUGCAACCGGCCAGCGUCGGAUGGUAUUAAAUGUUCUGUGUUGGAUCUCAAAGUUCUUCGCGUUCUCGUACUUGGGGAUUGCUUUUCUGCUUUUGACCGUCGACAAAAUUUGGUACUACUAUAGCUCGGUAUACUUUAUCGGGUACGUUUUGUGGAUAGCACUGUACGGCGUAGGCGUAAUGAUAGCGAAGCAGAGAAAGGCCAAUGCGAAGCGCGAAGAACGACUGCUACAAGAGGCUAUGAAAAAGGACUAGUAUUAGCGCAAGGUUUAGGGCACUUUUUUAAGUGUAAAUUAUUUGCUUUUCACUUUCACGUACGUUACAAAAUAAGCAUAGGGAUGAACAAUCCGUAUGUGUUCUCGGGUAUUUUUACAUUCGUUGUUUGAGGCUACCGGUCUGUAUUCUAGUAUGUUAGGUGAAGUUUACUCAUUCAUUGUUCAUGUUUCAUGUAGAUUUGCUCAUGUUAAUAUACAGGUAAAAGGCUCAAUAAGGUUUUGGUCAAUUUAUGGCUUUAUUUUCUGUUGAUUGUCGAUAACGCACAUUAGCAACUGAUUACCAUAUUUCUAUAACCGUCAAAUAAAAGAUUUAUCACGUGU